UGAAAAAUCUUUAAGCUCGUAGUGUAAAGCUUUCAUUGAAGCUACUAAGACGUGAAGAACGCGGUGGUGAAACCUUGCAAGUUGACAAUUCAUAAAAAAGAAGGCGACGAAAUAAAAUAUCAUUUACGUUCAGUGACUUGAUAAACUUCAUUCAGUGCAAGUGUUCAUAACUUUUAAUAUUUCUCAAUCUAAACAUUCAAGAUAUUAAAUAAAAAUAAAUUCUUAAAAUGAUUCCACGUUGUACUUUUGUGCUUUCCUUGUUCUUUGUGACGAUAUUUGCUCAACAAUUUCCAUUCCAACCUGAUGGAAAUCCAAAAGGAGUUUGCACAAUUAACGGAAAAGUUUAUUAUGGAAUCGAUUGUUGGUGUUACAGCAGUGAAAUUGGAACUGCAAUGAUCACAAUAACUUUCAUCACAUUGCUAGUGUUCUUUUUCAUCAGUGGAUGCAUUUGGGCUUGUCUUUUCUCAUGUUGCAAAUGUCUAGGCAUUGGAAGGAAAGACGAUGAUGGAUUUGAUGGUGUUUCAAGUCUCCGCGCAUCGAUGCGAUCGAUGAGACGGCGUGACCCCGACACCCCAAUAUAGUUUAAUCAACACUUCCGAUGAAACUUUCAUCACAACCUCAGAAUGUUCAUUUUACAAAUUCGUUUCCUUUGUGGCGAAACUUAGUGUUAAUUACAUUAUCAUUUUUAUCUUAAGUUUUCUUGACUGUUUGUUUAGAAAAUCAGAAAAUCUCCUUCAUGUAUUAGCUUCACUCACACAGCAUACAAACGUAGAUAAAAAGAACAAUUUUGUCAAUAGUUAGUUUAACACUAUUUUUAUAUUUUUAAAAUACUUAGAUAUGUUUGUUUUCUUCGAAGAAGGUGAGAAAAAUUAUUGCUUAACUUUAAGUUACGUGCCACACUCCUAUAUGUGAACAAGAAAACUCUUUGACGAAAUGAUAAUCUCGUCAUCUGAUGUUGUUCAUGUUAAGAUAUUUAGAUAUCUAAGAUAGGUUUUUAAAAUAAGAUCAUUAUGACAAAGACAUCGAUAUCAGUUUAAGUAUUAACAAGUCAUCAUUCCCAAGGAAGGAAUCACUUGUCGCUUUGUAUUAAUUAAAAGUUAAGUUUAACACAAAUCUUUGUAUGAAAAAUUUUAUAAAAUGAAUAAACUAAUUUGGUAAACUUUAAGAAGUAUA